GUCAGAUGAGAGGAUAAGUCACUCUGCAGACCCCUGAUCCUCAGAGAAAGAUAAAGAUGCAUCUAAAAGUUGUGAUCUUCGCCGUGUCAUUCUUGACAACUUCAGCAUAUCCACUCCACCGUAACACCAGAGAGGCAACAUGGUCUGAUUCAAAGGCCAACCAAGCUCAUGACAAGUCAGAACUCACAGAAAAAGAUGUGGAUAAAAUCUACAAGAUCCACAUAGACAGCAGUGGCCGUUACAACCCAGAUAAUCAUAGCAAAAACCCUGUGGCAGAAGAGAUCCAGCACAAACUUAACAUAGAGUCGGAGCGUCUGCGUAUGCGUCUACGCCAAGAGCUAGCCGAGCUGCAGGAGAGGUUAUCCCCAUCUCCGGCCCACCUCAGUUCCACCCUGGCCAACAUGAGAGAGCGCUUGGCCCCCCUCACACAGCAGCUCCAGAGCUCUCUCAGUAGCAACACCCAAGAUCUGUGUAGCCAACUGAGCCUCUACCUGCAGGGCCUGGAGGCAGCUGAGGCACAGGAGCAGGCCAGUCCAGCUCUCUAUCAGGAAGCCUUCCACUGGAUGAGCCAAAGCCUGGAACACAGCAGCUCCAAGGUGGCCGACAUCAUCAGCGACUUCGAUACUAAAGUGAUCGAAAUUAGUGCUAGUGAGCAAGAUGCAGCCAAGUCAGAGCUGUGGCAGGAAAUUAGCUCCAGGUUGGAACAGGAAGUGAGUUCACUAAGGGUGGAGGCACAGCAUAGGGUGGGGGCCCUCAAAGCAGAGCUUGCUGCUCAACUAGAAACUGCACAGCCAGAUAAGGCUGAACUAACAGCCAGUAUGCAGCGUUUCUGCCAAAAUGCAGCCCUGCAGAGCCAAGUGUUUCAGGCCCGGAUGGAGAGGCAGUUUCAGGGGAUGGAGGAGGAACUGCUCCAAGGAGCCACCAGCUCUUCUUUGUCUUCCUUGUCCAUACAGCCAGGUGGCUCUUUGCAGGAGGACUUCACAGUUAAACUCUCUGCGUUGAUCCAGGACAUUAUGCACUCAGUGCAGUGACAGACAUAAAAUACUCAUUAUGGUCAGAGGAUUUGAAGUUGUAUUCUUGUUGAUAAAUUUGCUCUGUUGUUUGUCAUUGUACUAGCAAAGUAAGUAGCAUGUAAAUAUUUAUUGAGGUAUGGUUUUGAUUGAUGAAUUGUUUUGUUUUUUUCUGUAUGUGAAUCAGUGUGUAAAUGUCAGAAUGUGUUUACUGUAAAAAAGAUGCUGCUUUUAAAAAGUGCACACAAAUUGCCUGUUAGUAUCUUUUAAUUACAUAAUAUAAACCACAAAGUGCAACACCAACCUGAUUUCAAACUUUAUUUUUAAUCUGUGCAAAAGAGGUCUGACUCAUACACUGCAGAUUUUAAUGUGCUUAGAGAUAUACAUAUAUAAAAACUGGUACAAACUGGUAAGACUCAGUGGUCAGCCAUGGUCAAAGCAAAUUUAUGACCAUAUAAAAAUAUUAAAAUUACUUUGAUUGUU